GAGUGGGGACCGGGCGGGGGGUGGAGGAAGAGGCCUCGCGCAGAGGAGGGAGCAAUUGAAUUUCAAACACAAACAACUGCACGAGCGCGCACCCACCGCGCCGGAGCUUUGCCCCCGACUCGCGCCCGCCCCGUCCGUGCGGCGCGCGGGCGGAGACGCCGUGGCCGCGCGGGAGCCCGGGCCGGGGGCCGCCAUCGAGGCGGGGGCCGCGCGAGGGCCGGAGCGGAGCGGCGCCGCCACCGCCGCACGCGCAAACUUGGGCUCGCGCUUCCCGGCCCGGCGCGGAGCCCGGGGCGCCCGGAGUCCCGCCAUGUCGCGAUCCAACCGGCAGAAGGAGUACAAAUGCGGGGACCUGGUGUUCGCCAAGAUGAAGGGCUACCCACACUGGCCGGCCCGGAUUGACGAGAUGCCUGAGGCUGCAGUGAAGUCAACAGCCAAUAAAUACCAAGUCUUUUUCUUUGGGACACAUGAGACGGCAUUCCUGGGCCCCAAAGACCUCUUCCCUUACGAGGAGUCCAAGGAGAAAUUUGGCAAGCCCAACAAGAGGAAAGGGUUCAGCGAGGGGCUGUGGGAGAUCGAGAACAACCCUACCGUCAAGGCUUCUGGCUACCAGUCCUCUCAGAAAAAGAGCCUUGUGGAAGAGCCUGAGCCUGAGCCUGAAGCCACAGAGGGCGACGGGGAUAAGAAGGGGAAUGCGGAGGGGAGCAGUGACGAGGAAGGAAAGCUGGUCAUUGAUGAGCCAACCAAGGAGAAGAAUGAGAAGGGGGCGCUAAAGAGGAGAGCGGGGGACCUGCUGGAGGACUCUCCCAAACGUCCCAAGGAGGCAGAAGACCCUGAAGCAGAGGAGAAGGAGGUGGCCACCUUGGAGGGCGAGAGGCCCCUCCCUGUGGAGGUGGAGAAGAACAGCACCCCCUCUGAGCCUGGCUCUGGCCGGGGUCCCUCUCAGGAGGAAGAAGAGGAGGAAGAGGAAGAAGAGGCUGCCAAGGAAGAUGCUGAGGCCCCAGGCAUCAGAGAUCAUGAGAGCCUGUAGCCACCAAUGUUUCAAGAGGAGCCCCCAUCCCGUUCCUGCUGCUGUCUGGGUGCUACUGGGGAAACUGGCCAUGGCCUGCAAACUGGGAACCCCUUCCCUACCCCAGCCCACUUUCCUCUUCCACUCACUCUCCCCCUUCCAAAUCCAUCCCCUGGAGAUAGACCUGGAUGGGGCCAGCUACCUGGCCCUCAUCUCCAUGUCCCCAUGCCCCUGUGAUCUGAGUCAGGGCCAUGUCUUCUGCGCCAUGGGAUGAGAUGGGACUAUUGUGUCUCUCCUGGCUUGGAGCUAUUUUCCAGAAGCCAGCUGUUUGACCCCCUGACAACUCUCUUCCCCUUACCCAGGUAUUCGGAACCUCUGGGUGGGUUGGAAUCCAGGUAGGAGUGGAAGGGGGAUGGCGGUUAAACAGCAGGGUGGAUUCAUGGGGCCUGGAAGGGGCAAUCCUCAAAUUGGGGUUGGAGGGUAGUAUCUUGAGCUCCUAUUCCUUCCUCCCACACCUGUUACCCCAACUGCCUAGAUUCAGGGAAAAUGGAACAACUUAUGAGGGAGGAGCUCCCUUCCAUAAAUCUUGGAUGAUUGACAACACCCAUUCUUCCUUUUGAUGACUCCAGGAGUUCUGGGAAUUGUAGUUUAUCAUCAUGAGAUUUUGGAACUUCCAAGUUGUUUGGGCCAAGGACCUGCUAUCUGAAGGGUUGACUUCACCCAGCGCAGGUGGGAGUGUUGAGUAACUGUCCCCCUUUAGAUCACUGGCCAGAGAUGGAAUGCCCUGGGGAGAUUCCUAACUGCCCCUCUACCCCUCCCCACAGUGCUCAAGGCCAGCUUGCAGUCACAUGUCACCCAGACGUAAAAGAAAAGACACAUUUUUUAGGAAAUGUUUUUAAUAAAAGAAAAUUACAAAAAAAAAAUUUUAAAGACCCCCCCCAUCCCUUCUUGUGCCCCGACUCUGCUCCUUUAUUCCCCACUGUUGCCCCCAUUUCUGAGGUGCACUGGGAGGCUCCUCUUCUGUUUGGGGCUUGAUGACUUUUCAUUUUGUAGCUGGGGCUUUGGUGUUCUUUCCGGUGUCAUUUCCCAUCCACAUACCCUCUCCUGGUCCCUUCAGUGUUGUCACCAGAUUCAAUUUGUAACCCACUGAGAGGACAGGGAAAUAAGUGCCCUCCCCCAACCUUUUUCUGGUGGCCAUCAUACCUCUCUUCUGUCUCUUGUCUCUCUCACCCUUGCCCCUCUCCCUUGGGCUCUCAUGAAAAUUGCUGACUGUAGCUUUGGAAGUUUAGCUCUGAGAACCGUAGAAGAUUUCAGUUCUAGGAAAAUAAAACCCGUUGAUUACUACAUUGGAUUCUGACUGAUUCUUG